AUGUACAAGCCUCCAACAUCUGCGCGCCAGGCUCAAAACAAAAAUCCUCGACAUGACCACUUGCGGCGUGUCGGGGCGCAGGUUGAUGUUCUGAACGGAACGACUUGGUGCUCUGCAGCAGUGUCGACCAGUAGCAUCGUCGGACGAUCUCUCCUUGUGAAUGUGCAAAUGGACGAUGGCUCCACACAGGAGGUUCCCUGUGACUUGCUUCGGCCAGCUCAGCAAGCCAAGAAGCGGUCCAGGUCUCCCAGGUCUCCACAUUCUACGGACAAACUCUGUGAAGAAUUUCUGCGACGCGAUCGUGCGAAGGCUGUAACAGAUGCUAAGCAUGGGUAUUUCAAGCCCAUCCCGAAGCUGAAAAAAAUGCUGAUGACGAAAGACAAGUGCUUGAGGCACUCGGCCCCGGAUGAAACAUCGCCUUUUUUGGUGCGGAGUGUCAAAGAGGACCUGGUGCGGCCAGCACAAGUGGAUCAUGCUGUUCCUGAGGAGAGGCGUUCACAGCUCAUGCAAGUCGUGCGCAAGUAUGCAUCUGGGGGCACUUCGCGAUCGCUCUUUGAUCGCCAGGACCGCUUUGAGUAUCAUGACUGGAGUUCGGCCGCAAGUUCUGCCGCAGAAGUGUUGGUGCCUGAGACAUUGAGGAGGCCCAUCCUUUUACAAGGUAACCCAUUGCAGCACGCCCGCCAGAGUGAGCGGGCAAGACAAAUCGCCCAUCUUGUGCGGGCCUGUUGCGGCAAUGUCCGUGCUCCAUCCCUCGCUUACAUGGGCCAAGCAGCCGGCGCAGCUGUGACGAAGAAAGACAGUGGAAAUGGGCACUGCAGCUUGAAGCAGUUGUCAUGGGGCUUUAGCUCUAUGCAGGGCUGGCGCCCACGAAUGGAGGAUUCGCAUUUUGCUUUUGCUCAUUUGGGUGGAGACUGGGCUGACACUGCAGCUUUUGCCGUGCUUGACGGGCAUGGAGGCCGUGAAGUUGCUUUUUUUUGCCAACAUCGCUUGCCAUCGGCUAUUGCGAGGCACCCGCGUGCAGACCCUGAAGCUGCCUUGAGAAAGGCUUUUGAGGAAAUGGAUGAACUGCUUUGCAGACCGGAGGAGCAAAGUUAUCUGCAAUCGUUUACGGGAGCGACCCGCAACGGCAACAAGAUGCUAUCUGACGCGCGUCGCGUGGGUUGCACAGCUGUCGUGUGCCUUGUGCAGCCAGAGCGGCUCAUAGUUGCCAACGCUGGAGACAGCAGGGCGGUCCUGUCGCGUGAAGGCUUUGCCGUUCCGUUAUCAGAAGACCACAAGCCAAACCUUCCUGCCGAGCUUGAUCGGAUUCAGAAGGCUGGUGGUGUCGUAGAGCGACAGCAGAUCGGCAAAUUUAUCCAGCACAGGGUAAACGGAAACCUCAAUCUCUCUAGAACAAUCGGUGAUUUGGACUACAAGCGCAACUCGGCCCUGCGCAUGAGUGAGCAGAUCAUUAGUUCCACACCGGAUGUCGCAUACUUUCAACGGGAAGCGCGCGAUGAUUUCGUAUUGUUAGCUUGUGACGGUAUAUGGGAGACAAUGAGUAGCCAGGAUGUGGUGGACUUUGUCAACGAACGUUUGAAGAAACAUGCAGCGCCAGAAGGAUCUUUGUCCAACAUUAUGGAAGAGCUGCUGGAUCACUGCUUAGCACCAGAUUUGGCAGCUUCAGGUGGCAUUGGUGGUGACAACAUGACGGCACUGCUUGUUUUGCUCCAGCCGAGAUGCGGGCUGAUCUCGGGGGUCCAGUCAACGACGUCCCACUGCUCACCCAAAACCACAGCAUGGUGUUCGUGCCACUAA